UGGGUUGCGGAGAAGUUGAUCAUGGAAGCUAAGAAAAGAGGGUUGAAUGCUUGUAUUGUAAGACCAGGAUAUAUCGUUGGGGAUAGUAAAACUGGUGUAACGAACACGGAUGAUUUCAUUUGGCGUCUAAUAAAAGGCUGUAUUCAAUUACAUCUGAUCCCAACAAUCUAUAAUACACUUAACAUGUGCCCUGUGGACUAUGUUGCUCAUUGUAUUACAGUAAUAUCAUUGUCGUCUGUAGCUUCUGAUCGUGGUGUGUUCCACAUAACACAUCCAAAAAAUCCAUCAUUCAGGUUUAUUGAUCUAUUCAACUCAUUAAUUCUCUACGGCUAUAAUGUUACAAAAGCAGAAUAUGUAAUUUGGAGAAAUGAACUAAUGGAAUUUACAUUACAACAAGAAGAUAAUGCGCUAUAUCCCUUGCUUCAUUUCGUAUUAGAUGAUUUGCCUACAACUACUAAGGCUCCAGAAUUAGAUUAUAAGAAUACUAGUGAUAUUGUUGGUCAAGAAUGUAUGGUGAUUGACGAAAAGCUUAUGGGAAUUUAUUUAGGGUAUCUAGUUAAAGUUGGAUUUUUAGACAAACCUGAGCCACAUGACAAAGGUAAAGUUGGUGGUUUAGAAGGUAAGAUUUUGGAUUUACCGGACAUUGCGGCGUUAGAAGGUGUUGAAAUUUUGAAGAGAAGUGGGAGAAAUUAG